UUCGAACCACCGAUACGUCAACUGGACAAUCUCUUUCGACAGUCACGCUUUCUUGAUGCACAGCUGCUUAUAAACAACUUGGUCUCUUUUCAACUGUUCCGAUGAUAAUCAUCACUUUAAUUAUAGUUAUUACAUUGAACAGUUAUUCCUUGGCAAAAUUUCGAGUUUACAAUUAGUGGUUUUAAUUUAAAUCUUAAUUGUAAUUGGAGAUGAUUGAUCUCAUUUCACAGCCAGUAUUUGGUUCUAUAUGCUACCUGGAAAACAGUCAACGAUCAGUCUAUGAAGAUUAAUAGAAGUGAUUUUAACAAAAAUGAAAUUGUUAAUCAUUCUGCCAGUUAUGGUAAUACUUUGUUAUAUUGGAAAUUUCCAAUGUUGAAAGAGGGAGGGAUAAGCUGAUUCGUGAAAAGUGCUCAGAUCGUUGGACAAUUCGAAAGAUAAUACGGAACGGAAUAGUGUUUGUGGACCGUUGAAAGUGAAACGUAGAGGCGGUGGUGACGGGAGGAGCGCGGUCAGAUCGUUUGAACGUGACCAUGGUGAGUAGCGGCAAGUGGCGCUUCCGGUGUGCCGGGCAAAAAUCUGCAUUCGAUCCCUGGAAAGUGUAACACUGUAUUUCCUGGUCUUAAACAUAACCAUCGUAUCGAAGUAAAACGAAAUUGAACCUUCUUUGAGAAUAGAAUGAUUAUUUUGUAAAGCCUAUUUCCUGACGUACAAAUCUUAGAAGUUGCAGUGCUAUUUCUGGAGGACGACAUUGAGACUCUACUGCGGAAAAUACAUGUUCAGGUGACGCAGCAAAUCUAGAAUUGGAAAAAGGCGAUGCAUCUGAUUUUACUCUGGGCGUUGGUCGCCCUAAUUGGUCAAGUGGAAUGUAAAUGCAGCUUAGCACGGAUUGUAAAUGAAGAAAGGUCGAUCGCUUACGUUUGCACUCACGGCGACCUGGACGACCUUGACGAAAUAUCUAGUGAUGCAGAUUGGAUAGAGUUUACGGUGUCAAGGUUCAGUCUUAUCACCGACAAUGCGUUCUGGCGUUUCAAAAACCUCCGAAGACUUUCUUUCUAUAAUUGUCACAUCAAUUUUAUUAGUCCGGGUGCUUUUACUGGUUUAGAUAGACUAGAAUGGUUGAUAUUCCAUGGUACCAAAAUGCACGUAGCUAGGACCGCCUGGUUCCGCCCUUUGGCAAACUUGCGGAAACUUAUCCUGGAUAGAUGCGAUUUGGUGCACAUAGAGCCCGACCUAUUCCGCAUGCUGCCCAGAUUGGAAGUUCUUGGUCUGCGUGAUAACGAUCUCAACUGCUUACCGAUCGACGAACUGUCUUAUCUACCCAUGCUCCGGACCGUACGAGUUGAUGGUAAUCCCUGGCUCUGCGAAUGUCGACGAAAACUUGAUGAAUAUUUUCGAUCUCGUUCUAUCGUCCAGGAAGUCGAAUGUUUGAAGCAAAUUAACUCCUGUAGGAAAUAUCAAUGCAUGACUCCCAUUGGCUUCACUGUUCUUCCUUCCAUUCUCACUACUCAACAAUUACAUGAUUUUAAUAGGGAUCGUACGAUCAUUCGUGGAAAUGAAUUUCAAACGAACGUAUUCACUUCCCUGGACAGACUUCCAGAUAAAACUACCUGGAUAGAGAUAUCUGGUUUAAAGAUGGACACGCUACCAAGGUACGCGUUCUUUAGAUUUGGGAAUAGUUUGAGGACUUUGGAUUUGGUCGACUGUGGCAUCACUACGAUCGAAGAUGGAGCUUUUGCAGGUUUGCAUAAGCUGCAACGACUGUCCUUAGUUGGUAAUCGGUUACCGGUUCUGAGUGUCAAUUGGUUUCGAGACCUCGUCAGUCUUCAACAAUUAAUUUUGGAACGAAAUGGCAUAGAGCAGAUUGAAAGAACCGCAUUGUCGCACGUUGGAGAUUCUUUGCGACAUCUCGAUAUUCAAGAUAACUUGCUUCGAUGCAUAAGCACUGAGGAACUGGCUGAAUUGACAAAGUUAGAGAGGCUAGACGCAAUGAAAAAUCCAUGGCUUUGUACUUGCAGAAAAAAUUUACAAAACUUCCUUACCCAGAGAAACGUAGGAUUCGAAAUUAAUGCGGGCCGGUGUUAUCAGAGUGAGAAUGAAAUUCCAGAUGGCAGAACUGACUGGAACGAGCAACAGAUCAUUCAAAAUACUUCUUUUACCACUGGAAAAGUGCAAUGGACUUCUUUCGAAAACAGCCUCAAUCAAACGAACAUUUCCGUAAUUGGGCCACCUCCUCCGCCUUUUGUAACUCCUUCGCCACCGGAAAUUCACAUCGUUUCCUCUUCACCAACUAUUUAUACGGGUACUUGUAAUCCAGAGAAAACCAGCAGCAAUUCAGUCUACACUUGUCGAGCCAUUACAUCAAUCGAGGAACUAAAUCUGAUACCUUCAACAGCUCGCGAGAUUCGAAUUAUCUUAUCGAACAUCAAGAAGAUUCCCGAGAACACUUUUGCGCGCUUUAACGGUUACUUAUCAAGGUUAGAGCUUCGAGACUGUGGUAUCGAAAGUAUCAAGCCGCGCGCCUUUUCAAAUCUUCGUAACUUGGAAUACUUGUCCCUUCGAAGCAACCAACUAGAGUCCAUAAAUUGGGAUAUGGUCCAAGGUCUUCACAACCUAAGACAUCUGGACGUAUCUCACAACAAUAUAUAUAGAAUUACGAACGAUGUGUUCGAUCAUUUACCGUACCUUAUUAGUUUGGACGUGUCUGAUAACGCCAUGAACUGCAUCGGUAUAGAGUAUAUAGCUCAUCAAUUACGCUACUUAUCGUCUCUGGAUGUUUCUAAUAACCCUUGGAGUUGCCUGUGUGGAACCAAAUUGGCAGAAUUUCUCGACUCACGAGGCAUACAGUAUAAUAGAAGUUCACUCCUUUUGAAGGAAGAUUGUUACGCUUCACCAGUACCGGAAGUUACUCAUAGCCCGUCAAUUUCAGUGACAACUAGCCCAACGGCUAGAAACGAAACUAUAGAAGGAACCUGCAUUAUCAUGGAAGAUACAACAAGGAUUCGAUAUCGAUGUACGGGUGGUAAUCUGUUGUUACUGCAGUCAAUUAGGCAGGAUGCAACAUCGAUUGAAUUUUAUGAGGGUCACCUACCUAGGCUACCUGCAGAGUCCCUCAGGAAAUUUGUAAAUCUACAAGAACUUGUUAUUAGAAAUUCUGAGUUAACCACUGUAGAGGAAGGCGCAUUUAAUGGUUUGAAUAAAUUAGAGAAUUUGACGAUACAGGACAAUCCUCUGGAAAUGGUUGGAUCUUCCUGGUUUACAUUCCCGAACUUGGGAAGAUUAGAUUUGCGUGGUAAUUCCAUCAAGUAUAUCGAAUCUGGAUCGUUUCGAUAUUUAAAUAAUUUAACAUAUUUAAAUCUCGAGGGUAAUGACUUAAGAUGCAUAUUUACUAGUGACUUAAACGAUAUGCCUAAUGUUUAUAUCAUUGAAUUUUCUGGGAAUCCUCUGAAAUGGAGGUGUAGAGUCGAAUUGGAGCAAUUCUUAGAGGCUCGAAAGAUUAGGUUUAUCAAAAUCGAGAAUUCCUGCGAAGGUAAGACAUUGGUGAGAAAUCUUUUACUGGUAAAUAAGACGGAUGGAUCGUUUGAUUGUCCAUCAGAGUGUUCAAAAGCGUCCAUUAGUCGAAACUUGUUCGUUCUAUUUAUACUACCAUCGCUGAUAACACUAGCCUAUUAAGUGACGUUAAAUUCGAUACCUAACUAUGGUACAAUGAUAUGUGUUCAUUCAUUGCAAAACGCAUUUUGCACACCUGUUCGAAUAAUUAAUAGAGACUAAAUGUUUAUACGUAUUAACAGAGAUUUCCUUUCUGGUGAUAGUAUUACUUUCGUCGGUGAAUUCAUUUUAAGGCAUGCCGAGUUUGUAACUUCUGUUUAUAACUAGACUGCGAAACGUGUAUUUAUGCAAAAUUUAAAGAUGCAAAAAUGCAUAGAAUUCGUACAAUAUACAAGAAUGUACGCAGUAUCCAGAAUAAAGCAUUUCUUAUGAUUUCUAAUAGGUAAAAUGAAUCUCCACUUAAGUUGGAACUUUUUAAUUAUGUUCACAAAAUAAUAAAUUUGCAUGAAUAUCGGCAGUCUAUUUAUAACGUAUGAUAGUUUUUGACGAGUUAAACUUUAUAUGAAUUUUAUAUACGCAUAACUCUUCAAAUAAUCAUUUCCGCGCUCCAAAAUCAAUAUUUUUGGAUUCUACUUGUAAAAAAUCAUCGUAUGUUAUAAAACUAAUUACAAAUUCUGCGUAUUCCGAAACGAAGUUGAAUCUAAUUUUUUUAAUAAUAAAGAUACUUACACUGGAAGAGUGUUAUGAAAUUCUGUAAUGCAGUGCUUAAUAAACAUAACAUACAAGGAUUUAGUAAUGAUAGCUGCUAAUAGGGACCAUCGAGGAUCGAGAAUAUGGAAUAUAUUCCAAGCUAUAAUUGCGUAUAUUUUUUUAAUUUGCACUUUAACUAGUUACUUAUUAGCGUUACGUGCCAUAUCGUAUUUUAUUAGGAUAUGAAUAUAUUCUUGUAAAAAAUUAGAUUUCACUUUUUUUAUAAAUAUCUUCAGUAAGAAAAACUGUAUUACAGUUAAAUAUCUAUCAUGUUACGACUGUGAGUAAUUUAGGAGGACACGAACGAAAGCAGCUAUGUAAGAAAGAUUAAACGAGCGACGAAUUAACUGAUUUAUGCUUGAAUAGUUGUAAUUUGUAAUUGCACAAAUAAAUAAUUUAUUGUAAGCUGA